AUGGCUUUGCCAGCCCGUUUGGCAAGGUCUACUAGAUUAGCAACUCGCACGGCUGUGCCCAUUACAGCAACCUUUGCACGAUCUGGGAGAGCAUUCACUGCAUCUCGUUGCUUUCACUUCACACCAUCCACAAUGUCACAACAUCCAAUUGCUACCCUCAAUGAGGAACUUAAACCUCGCCUACCACCAUCGUCCAUCAGCCUCUUCGAGGCAAAGAAGAAGAAAAAUCUGUCAUUCGAAGCCAUUGCGAAGCACGUUGGGCGCGAUGAAGUUGCGGUUGCAGCUCUUUUCUACGGCCAAGCUAUGGCAUCAGCAGAAGACAUCACCAAACUAGCCGAGGUGUUGGAGAUUUCUGCUGAGCAGUUGGAGUCGGAUCUCUCUGGGUUCCCUAACCGUGGAAGCACACUCGACAUGCCACCAAAAGAUCCUACCAUCUAUCGGCUAUACGAAAUUGUCCAAAACUACGGACAGGCGUACAAGGCGGUUUUGCACGAGAAGUUUGGUGAUGGCAUCAUGAGUGCCAUUAGCUUCAGCACAAAGAUUGAGAAAGAGACGGAUGAGAAGGGUGAAUGGGCAAAGAUCACAAUGAGGGGCAAAUGGUUGCCAUAUACGCGCUUCUAA